AUGACAACGAUGUUUCUCGACCAGUCCACUGACGGAGACGCGAGAAAAGAUGCGGAAAACACGUCAGAAACAUGGUCGAACUUAAUUGAAAAUACAGAUUACGGUAUCUUACGUAAAACUCCAAACUAUGAUGUCAAAAUCCAACGUCAGAGGACUCAUGCAAGGCCACUUGGCGAAGGUCGACCAGUUUUCAUCAUCUGUUGUUACGAUCCACGAACAGAUCCUGCUGCUGAACUUGUACUCAAGCAUAUUAACUAUACUGGUUUAUUUCUUCAAGUACGUGUUGCUGGUGGUCGUGCGAUAGAUGCUCUACGGUCUUUGAUAACAGCACAUUAUAUGUUCCAUCUUGAGGUUAUAGCUGUUGUUCAUCAUACUUUCUGCGGAUGCACGUCUUUUACUCUUUCAACGAUUAGUGAAGCUCUGGCCAAAGAAGAUAAUAUUCAUAUAAAUGAAGAAAUAUUGAAUAGUGAAUGCAUCAAAGCACUGACAAUUGAAAAUCUAAAUAAAAGCGUCAAGGACGAUAUGAAAUUGAUUAGAGAACGAGUGGCCAGUCCAAACGCAAAAAUUUUAGGUUUUGUAUUCGACAUUAGGACAGGUGAAUUGAUUCCAAUUGAAUAA